CUGUUCUUUUGAGGAAGCCGAGCUACUCGUCGUUGAUUGGCUCGAAUCUUUGUUGUUGGGCGUUACACAAUUAAAGAAAGGGGAGGAUGGAGGGAGUGUCGGGUUUCCUUGGUAACGCCCAAAGGGCCGGUUGUUCUGAUUGGUCCACUGCCUCUCCGUCUCUUUGUCUCCAUUCCAAUUGGCGGAUAUUUUCUCAGGGAACAGGAGGAAGGCGGUGCCUCUGGCCGGGUUCCGGGACUGACGUGGCUAGUUGCGGGAGUCCGGGGUAGGGGGCUGGAGGCUUCACCUGCAGCCUUUUCCAGGCCUGCAUAAAGUCCAGUGAAGCACUUUAAUUUGGUUGUGAAAGUAUUUGGCAGCCAUUAUAACUAUCUGAAGAGAAAUGCUGAGCCGUCUGUCAGGAAUAGCGAACACUGUUCUGCAGGAGCUAUCAGGGGAUGGCACUUAUGGUGAUAUAGUAGGGCCUCCAAAACCAGAACUAACAGAAGAGCCUGACAUGGCGUUUAACAGUGGAACAAAUGAGGAUAUUCUGGAGCGAUUGGCCCACACAGAGCAGCUGGUGGUACAGCUGAAGGAUGUUAUUCGAGAGAAAGAUACUCAGUUACAGCAAAAGGAUAUUAUUUUAGAGGAUGAAAGAAAAGCUGCAGACAUGAAAAUGACGAAAUUGAAGCUCCAAGCCAAGGCCCGAUUAGCCUCCCUGAAUAAACGUAUGGAAGAAAUGAAAGCACAAGGAGGGAUGGGGUCAUCUCAAGAACCCCAGUCAGAGAAACAGCAGCUCCCUAGCAAGUGUGACACACCCCAUAAAGAAGAUCAGUUGGAAGGAUUUGAAAUGCUGAAACAAAAACUCCAGGAGAAGGAGGAACUAAUUAGCAGUCUACAAACCCAGCUCUGUCAUGUGCAAGCAGAGCGAGCAGCACAGUGUGAUGCAUCUCCUAAAGAAGAUCAGAUAGAAGGAUUUGAAAUGCUAAAACAAACACUCCAGGAGAAGGAGGAACUGAUUAGCAUCCUACAAACCCAACUCAGUCAAGUGCAAGCAGAGCAAGCAGCACAGUUGAGUUCCAUGCAGGAGGUGGUCCGGGAGAAAGAUGCGCGCUUUGAAUCACAAGUUCGUCUUCAUGAAGAUGAACUUCUUCAAUUAGUAACUCAGAAGGAGAUGGAGACAGAGAUGCAGCAGAACCUAAGGACUCUGCACAGGAGGCUAGAGGAACAGGAGGAGGCCCUAUUAGGGCGUGCUCAGGUGGUCGACUUACUCCAGCAGGAGCUAUCUGUUGCAGAACAGAAAAAUCAGGUUCUCUCUGAACAGUUGCAGCAAUUGGAAGCUGAGCAAAAUACAUUAAAGACUGUACUAGAAACAGAGAGACAGGCGUCCAAGAGUCUGAUUGAAAAAAUGGAGCUUGAAGUGGCAGAAAGAAAACUGUCUUCACACAGGCUAGAAGAAGAAAUGCGUUGUCUUUCGGAGCAGUUAGAGCAGGCGGGCCAAAUCCGGGCUGAAUUAGAGUCUCAAUGUAGUGCUUUGGAGCAGAAGCAUAAAAUAGCAGGAGAAGAGAAGGACUCUCAAAUUUUGUGUCUUCAAAAGACUGAAAAAGAACUACAGUCUGCUUGUGAGGCCUUAAAGGUUCAAAAUGAAAAGCUUCUUCAGGAUAUCAGUCACCAGGCAGCUCAUUCAGCCCAGACCAUUCAACAGCUAGAAGAUGAACUCCAGCAAAAAUCCAAAGAAAUUAGCCAAUUUCUGAUUGAACCAGUGUUGCAGAAGUCAGAAAUGGCCUCUGAGACCUCCAGCCCAGAUGAGCAUAGCCAGGCUCUCAAGGUAGACUUAGAAGAGAACAUUGUCUCUUUGCAGAAGAGAGUAGCAGAACUAGAGGAGGAAAAAUGUACCUUGCUUCUCUCUACUGUGGAACUGGAGGAGCUAAAAGUUGAGAAUGAAAGACUACACUCUCAGAUUACUCUCCUAGAGGCUCAGCGUGGACCUGAGAUGGCUGGUGGAGAAGUGACGGGACAGCUGCAGAUUCCCACUGAUGAAAUCACCAAAAGCAGUACCAACAAAUCUACUGAGGAAAGUAGACAAGAAGACAACUUGGAGAUGAUUGUUUCACAGAAACAUAAGUUGUCAGUUUUAUUAUUGGAAAUGAAAGAAGCCCAAGAGGAGAUUGCAUACCUUAAAGGGCAGCUCCAGAUCACAAAGCCUAAUACCAACUUGAUUUCAGAGGCAUCUGAACAAGGGGAUAUCAAGCAGGCAGAAGGUGAAGGAAUGAUACACGAAGGCACAGGACAGAGCUUUCCUUUAAUGCAAAGUGAAGCAUGCAGCCCUAUUGUCAUUGAUGUGGAAGGUUCAGAAAGCUUUAUACCUCAUAAUCAGAGUAGCACACCAUUGGAGAUGCCUGUAGUUCACGUUGCCAACACUGGAGUGGAAAUGGAGUCAACAGAAAAGACUCGAAAAGACUCUCUUUUGGUAGCUCAAGAUCUUAUUUUGUCUCAGCAAGAUGAAUUGAAAAGAUUAGAAGGACAAAUAUUGGAACUUGAGUCAAGUCUUCAGAAAGCAGAGGAAUCAUAUGAGAAAAGUUUAGAGGAGAAAGCUGAGGAAAUCAAUAAGCUAGCCAAGCUAGUAGAGGACUUUAAGGAAAAUGAGGAAAAGAAUAAGAAUACGCUGAGUGCUCUGUGUGAUGAGAGAGAUCAGCUUUUGGUUCAGGUAAAAGAGCUCUGCGUCAUUACAGAACUAAAGGCACAAGUAAAGCAACUUGAAGAACACCUUGCGGAGGCAGAAAAACAAAGAAUAUCUGACUAUGAAAAUAAAGCUACCCAUGAAAGCCUGCUAACUGAACAAAUCCAGAGUCUCAACACUGAAUCCAAAUCAAAGGAUUUGAAAAUUGAAACUUUGCAGAAGGAAUUGGAUGAAGUACAUCUCCAGCUUUCUGACCAGGGCACACUAGUCAGAAAUCUGAAAAGUGAGCUGCAAAAGAAAGAAAGUGAAAUGUUUGAUUUGGAGGAGCAUAUAAGGAAUACCUCAAACAAGAUGGAAGAGCUUUCCCAGACUCUCUCCCAGAAGGAACUUGAGACAACAAGAACAGACCAACUUUUGUUAGAGAAAACUAGGGUCGUAGAGGCCCUUCAACAAGCCAUUGAAGAGAAGGAUAAACAGAUGACCGAGAUCAGUGUACAUAUGUCUGAGAAAAUAGUCCAGCUCAAUGAAGAGAAGUUUUCUCUUGGGGUUGAAGUUGAAGCACUCAGAGAAAAGCUUAGUGUACUGUCCAUUCCUGAAGAAGGCAAAAAGGAGAAGGAAACAGAAGAGAAAGAGGAAGAAUGUUCAGAUCUACAACAUGAUCAGGAUGGUAAAGUAGUUUCAGCUCCAUUAAUAAAGAAUGAAGAACUUCAGAGUGAAUUGAAUCUUCUGAAGAAAGAAAGUGACCAGAUGAAGAGAAAGCUGCAGGCUGCUCUCAUUAACCGGAAGGAACUAAUGAAGAAAGUCACUCAGCUAGAGAAAGAAUUGGUGCAGGUGAAAGAUGAGUCUAAGGAAAAGACCCUGUUCUGUGAGGGGGAAAGUAUGGAAGCAACUCAGCAAAGUAAAGAUGGGAAAACAAAUAUAGAAGAAUCUGUUACUUCUGAAAGUCAGGAAACUGAAAUAUCUUUAAAUCAGAAGAUAUCUGAAAAAGAACUAGAGCUACAGAAUGUAAAGAGAGAUUUGGAAGAGAAGGUCGCAGCUGAAGAACAGCUACAGGCAUUGAUCAAAGAGAUGAAACAGAGUUUGCAGGAUAAAUUAAACCUCAUAGAUUUGCUUAAAGCUGAAAUAACUGAAAACCAGACAGUCAUCCAAAAAUUAACCACUUCUAACAAAGACUCUGGAGAUGGAGACUCAGCAACACCCAUAAAAGAGACAACAGUAAUUAGCACAGCUGGUGCAGAAAGUGGAGAACACUGGAAACUAGAACUAGAAGACAGAAUUUUGAAUCUUGAACAAGAAAAGGAGCAACUCCAAAAGAAAUUACAAGAAGUGCUAGCUUCCCGCAAGGUGACUUUAAAAAAAGCACAGGAGAAAGACAGACACCACAGGGAACAACUAAAACAACAGAAAGAUGACUAUAAUCUUUUACAGGAACGUUUUGAUGAACAAAGCAAGGAGAAUGAAAGCAUACGAGAUCAACUACGGGAACUCGAAAUACGAGUAAGAGAAUCUAUAGACACUGGCUUAGCUGGGGACAGUAACACACAGGAAUUAGACACACCUCAGAGUCUGAUCGAACCUACAUCCAAAGCUAAAGAACAGUGGCCCUCACAAAUGACUUCAGAAUCUGGCUGGCACCCAGAUUGGAUGGAGCAUUCAGGAAACAAAAAUGACCUGCAGGAAGAGGACAAUUCAGUAGAACUGCUUAGAGCUCAGCUGAGAGAGCUACAGAUCCAGAAAGAAGAGUUAGAAUUCAGAGUCGGCUCUACCAUAAAUGACCUUUCUCAAAAAUCAGAAGAAGCAAUUAAGUUACAAGAACAAAUAACAAAGCUGCUUUUAGAGACAGAAAGUCUUAAAGUAGCCACUCAUGAGGCUGAAGCUCAGGUAACCAGUCUGAAAUUAGAAUUGGAAAGCAGUCAAAUGGAAAUCACAAGAUUAGAACAUUUUAGGGAAUUACAACCUGAAAUAGAUGAAUUGAAAAAACUCAUGGCCAAAAAAAAUGAAGAAGCUGAUGUCCUUCAUGUGCAAGUAAGAGAAAAAGAUGAGAUCCUUCUUAAAGUGCAGACAGAGAUUGUAGAGCAAGAGGACUUGAUUAGGGCUUUGCAUGCACAGUUGGAAAUGCAAGCCAAAGAACAUGAAGAAAAAAUUAAACAGUUGCAGACAGAGCUUUCUGAAAUUCAACGGAAACCAGAGGAGGUAGAAGAAGAAGCUAAAUCUAAGCAGCAAAUUCAGAGAAAACUCCAAGCUGCACUUAUCUCCAGAAAAGAGACCUUGAAAGAAAGCAAAUGUCUUAAAGAAGAGUUGUCUUUGGCCAAAAAUAAUAUUGAAACUCUCACAAAGACCCUGGCAAAUGCAGAGAGCCAAGUUUCUGCUCACUGUAAAGAAAGGGAUGUAUUAUUAGACAGGUUGACUGUUCUUCAGGAAGAGAAAGAGAGACUUAUUGCAGAAGUGGAUAAAUCUUUACUGGAAAGUCACAAUCUCAGUAGCUCUUGUGAAAGUCUGAAGCUAGCUCUAGAAGGUCUUACUGAAGAAAAGGAGAAGCUAGUGAAGGAAAUUGAAUCUUUAAAAUGCAUCCAGGUUGCUGAAAACACUGAAUGGCAGGAAAAGCACAAGGAACUGCAAAAGGAGUAUGAAAUUCUUCUUCAGUCCUAUGAGAAUGUCAGUAAUGAGGCAGAACGUAUUCAACAUGUUGUGGAAACUGUGAGACAAGAGAAACAAGAAUUGUAUGGUAAAUUAAAAAACACAGAAGCAAAGAAGAAAGACACAGAAAAGCAGCUUCAGGAAGCAGAGCAGGAAAUGGAAGAAAUGAAAGAAAAGAUGAGGAAAUUUGCAAAAUCCAAACAGCAGAAAAUCCUUGAGCUGGAAGAGGAGAAUGACCGCCUUAGAGCAGAGGUCCACCCAGCAAGCAGUGAAUCCAAAGAACCUGCAGAAAUGCUUCAUUCCAGCCCCAGUGUGAAGGAAGAACUAGAAGAUGCUAAGCUAAAGUAUGAAUCUCUUUCUAAGGAGUUUGAAACAUUAAUGGGUGAGAAGAACUCUUUAAGUGAAGAGAUUCAGAAUUUAAAACAGCAGUUGGAGGAAACAGAAUCCAAAUUGAGAGAGAGUAUAGAAGGCCCUAAGAAGCAUGGGAUCCAAAUGGGUAGUAUAGAAGUGGUCCAGCAAGCUGUGUCUGUGUCUGUAGCUGUACCUGUAUCAGGUGAGGUUGAAGAACAAGUCUCUUUGAGGACAAGUGCAAAUUCAGAAUAUUCAGUGCCCAUCCCAGUGGAGAGCAGUGCCAUGGCAGAUGUCAAUGCAAAUGACGGUGUAAGUUCACAUGAUGAAAUUAAUACCUAUAUACAGCAAAUUGAUCAGCUUACAGAAAGAAUUAAAGAACUAGAAGAGGAGAAGAAAAUGAGGGAAGAAGUAGACUGUUCUUUAGAAGACAAGAAAGAUGCCUUACUGAACCAAUUAGAAGCAAAGGAUGGUGAAUUGAAAACUCUUCAUGAAGAAGUUACCAAGAUUAACCUGUUAAAUGAGAAAAUCCAAGAUGAACUUGUCAAAGUCACCAAGUUGAAGGAAACAGUGGAAGUAGAGAAGGAUGAUCUGGAAGAGAGACUUAUGAAUCAGUUAGCCGAACUUAAUGGAAGCAUUGGAAAUUAUCAGCAAGAUGUCACAGAUGCCCAAAUGAGAAAUGAGUUAUUGGAAUCUGAAAUUCAGAACCUUCAGAAAUGUGUGAGUGAACUGGAAGAAGAAAAGCGGCAGGCAGUUACAGAAAAAAACAGAAUUGAGUCAGAGAUCCGGAAGGAAUACUUGGAGAAACUACAGAGUGCUCAGAAAGGAGGACAGGGCAGUAAAACUCACACAAAAGAGCUUCAGGAAUUGUUGAAAGAGAAACAACAAGAGGUAAAGCAGUUGCAGAAGGACUGCAUCAGAUAUCAAGAGAAGAUAAGUGGUCUAGAGAGAACUGUAAAGGCUCUGGAAUUUGUACAAAAUGAGUCACAGAAGGAACUGGAGGUGGUCAAAGAAAACCUAGCCCAAGUAGAAGAAGAUCGUAAGAAAGCUCAGACAGAACUGGACUACUGCAAAGUGUUGCUGGAUGACACUCAGAGUGAAGCAGCAAGGGUCCUAGCAGAUAGUCUCAAGGUGAAAAAGGAACUUCAGUCAAAUAAAGAGCUUGUUAAAAGCCAAAUGAAACAAAAGGAUGAAGAUCUUGAAAGAAAACUGGAACAAGCAGAAGAUAAGCACAUGAAGGAGGUCAGGAACAUGCAAGAAAAACUGGAUGCUUUGCAUAGAGAAAAGGUCCAUUUGGAAGAGACUUUUGGAGAAGUUCAGGUCACCUUGAACAAAAAGGACCAAGAAGUCAAGCAGCUUCAGGAAAACCUCAACAGCACUUUGGCCCAGCUUGCGGCCUUUACCAAAAGCAUGUCUUCUCUCCAGGAUGACCGGGAUCGAGUGAUAGAUGAGGCUAAAAAAUGGGAAAGAAAAUUCAGUGAUGCUAUUCAAACAAAAGAAGAAGAAAUCCGGGCUAAGGAAGAGAACUGUAGUGUUUUAAAAGACCACCUAAGGCAGAUGUCCAUCCACAUGGAGGAGCUGCAAAUUAACAUAUCCAGACUUGAGCAUGACAAACAGACCUGGGAGUCCAAAGCCCAAACAGAGAUCCAGUUUCAACAGAAGGUCUCUGAAAACCUGCAGGGAGAAAAUAAAGGACUCAUGUCUCAGCUAGAAGAAUCUAAACAGAUGUAUUCUAAUUCUCAGAAUGAAUUAGCUAAAUUGGAUGCAGAAGUUAAGUCUCUGAGAGACCAAUUGGCUGAAGCAAAUAAUUCUUUUGCAAAAUGUAGAGAAGCCAAGGAAAAAUUGGAGGGAAUCGUAAAGCAACAGGAGACUGAUCUACAGAAUUGCAGGUUCAGCUGUGAGCAGUCAGAGGCUGAUCUGCAAGCCUCUAGGGACCUGACCGGCAAACUGCAUGAAGAAAUUAGCACUAAAGAUCAAAAGAUUAUCACUCUCCUUUCUGCUAAAGAGGAGGCAGUCUUGUUGGCUAUUUCUGAAUUGCAACAACAACAUGGCAAAGAAGUUAAAGAGUUGGAAAGCCAACUGACCCAGAAGGAAGAGGAGAAAGCUGCCUUAGAAGAUGAGAAAAAGAAAGCUGUAGACAAAACCAGUCAGCUUAUGGAAACAAUGAAAACUAUCAAAAAAGAGAGCAAACAGCAGAAGGCUCAGUUGGAUUCCUUCACUAAAUCCAUGUCUUCUCUCCAGGAUGACCGAGAUCGCAUUUUAGGAGACUACAGACAGCUAGAAGAGCGGCAUCUCUCAGUGAUCUUGGAGAAAGACCAGCUCAUCCAAGAGGCUGCUGCUGAGAACAAUAAGCUAAAGGAAGAAAUCCGAUGCCUUCGGGGCCAGAUGGAUGAUCUCAAUUCUGAAAAUGCCAAGUUAACUGCAGAACAGUAUCAGAGGAUAACAAAGGACUAUCAGCAAAGGCAGCUCCUUGAGAUUCGGCUUCAGCGGAGUCAAGAACUAGAAAAUGAAAAGAUCAAAUUAGAAAGAAAGCUAAAAGAGUCUGAAGCAUCAAGGGAAGAUCUAAAAAGGUCUUCUGAUGCCCUAGAGGAGGAGAAACAAAUCUUGACUAAGGAAAUUGAGAGCUUGAAAACUUCUGUCUCACAGCUAAAAUACCAAAUGACAACUUUGCAAGAAAGGGAGUCUUUAGGAGAAUUUCAGGCACAGUUGAAAGGUGGGGAAGAAGAGGUUCAGAGGUUAGGCGUUACCCUCUCCCUCUCUCAGAAGAAAGUCACAGAACUAGAGGAAGAAUUAGCACGAGUACAAAAGGAGGCAGCUAAGAAGGUGGGAGAAAUUGAAGAAAAGCUAAAGAAAGAAUUGAAGCAUCUUCAUCAUGAUGCAGGGAUAAUGCGCAAUGAAACUGAAACAGCUGAAGAGAGGGUAGCCGAGCUGGCAAGUGAUUUGGUGGAGAUGGAACAAAGACUACUCAAGGUCACUGAAGAAAAUAAAGACCUCAAAGCUCAGAUUCAGGCCUUUGGGAAGUCUAUGAGUUCCUUGCAAGAUAGUCGAGACCAUGCUAAUGAAGAGUUACAGGAGCUAAAAAAGACACACACGGCCAGCCUUGAGGAGCAACAGUGUCAUAUAGGUGUUUUAAAGAAAGAGAUGACUCAACUGAGAGAAGAGCAGAUUCUGUUGAGUAGAGAGAGAGAUGAUCUUGUUUCUAAAGUUGCUUCUCUGGAGACCCAUGCUGAAGACGAUGGCUUACUAUCUCACCUUGAAAAGCUUAACCAAGAGCUCAGAUCUAAAGAUGAGGAGUUAUUUCACUUGUCCUCACAGUUAGAGGGUUCCUCCAACCAAAUACAGUCCUUUUCUAAGGCCAUGGCAAGUUUACAGGCUGAAAGAGAUCAUCUCUUGAGUGAACUGGACAAGAUGCGAAAGUUGGAAGAAGGGAAGCAGUGGUCAUCAUCCCAACACUUUACCAGCCCAUCUGAAGUACAGAGUUUAAAGAAAGCAAUGUCUUCCCUGCAAAAUGACAGAGAUAGACUGCUGAAGGAGUUAAAGAAUCUACAGCAGCAAUACCUGCAGAUUAACCAAGAGAACACUGAACUCCGUCCCCUGAAGGUUCAACUUCAGGAGUAUCAGGAACAGACAGAUAAGUAUCAGUCUCUCCAGGAACAGCUAAAGCAGGAAAACCUUUCUUGUCAACAGGAGCUACAACACCUCAGAAUGGAGAAGAAUACUUGGGAAGUCCAGGAGAAGCGAGUUAGAGAGCAAUACCUGAUGACCCUCUCUGACAAGGAGCAGCAGCUGAGCCACCUGCAGAGUCUGGUGCAAGAGCUGAGGUCUACAUCCCGCCGGCCUUCUAUUCUCUCAGAGCAGUACCAAAGACAGGCAUCCUCAGAAGCAGCAGCUUCCCCAGAGUUGUCACAGGCCCUGGAUUCUGAGAUCGGGCUUCUCAAAACCCAGCUUAAUGACAGCUUGAAAGAAGUUCAUCAGAAGGAAUUGAGAAUCCAACAGCUGAAUAGCAAGCUCUCUCAGAUCUUUGAAGAAAAAAGUUCCCUUUCCAUUCAGCUUCGUGGUAGCAGUCAGAGUCUCCGUGAAAGUCAUCAGCGCUAUAAUGACCUUCUGAAUCACUGCACAGGCUUAAAGAGACAGAUUCAGGAGAUGCAACCCCUAAGCAAAGAAACGGGGACACUCACAACAGAUGCUGCUCCUGGGGCUCCUCAGGAAAAGAAUGAACCCCAGAGAGAGAGUGACCCUAUGGAGCUGAGAGAACUGCAGCUCAGAUUUUCUGAGGCCCAGCAAGAACAAUGCAACACGAGACAAGAGGUGAGCCACUUAAAGAAAUUGCUAGAAGAGGAACGGGAUCACCGGCUGGCUGCUGAGGAAGCCCUCUCUGCUGCUCAGGAGGAGAUUAGGAGGCUGGAACUGAAUGAGUGGACCCCUGCCCAGAAUUCUGGCAUCAGUGACUGUGGCUUACAUGAACAGGCGGUAUUAAUAGAGCCCGUGAACAGUAACUUCCGAAGGACCAGGAGCAAUGUUGGAUGGAGACGAAUCCUGCGUUCACUCUGCUAUUCUCGGACCCGGGUGCCCCUCCUGGCCGCUGUCUAUAUUCUUGUGCUCCAUGUCCUGGUUCUUCUCUGUUUCACUGGUCAUCUGUGAGCUUAGCUUCCAACUGUCAGAUUUCUCUCCUUAGAGCCACAGUCUUGGGUCCUCCAACCUCUACUUCCAGGACCAAAUGGCCUUGUGGGUAGCCCUUACUUAGGCUCAUCCCUUAAUGUCUUCCUUAGGGGAUAAUUCCCACAAAAUUUAGAGACACAUCUGGGCUCUUUGUCAUAAAAAAAGGAGCUGCUGGUAUUAGAAAAUCUGCCUUUUUCUACCCUCUGUUCCAUGUUUAGGCACAGUUAUCAUCAUGUAUAAACACAAAUAUUUUGUAAGUAUAGUGCCUAUUCCUACCCUACAGAGCAGAUUCUGGAAUGUGACCCUCUAGUUCCAUUGCUGAUUCGAGUAAGUCCAAGGAACAAAGGUUGUUCCUAGGACCGGAGAUGUUUGGAAUUGUAGGGAUCUUGGUUCAUUUACUUCAGUGUUACCUACUGCAUAAUGUGGGUGGGAACUGCCAUAAGGUGCAUAGCCUCCAUAAGCACGUGGUAGGGCCUGUUCUGGAGAAUGUGGGAACUGAGGAGCUUCUUCCCUAUUGCCAGGCUUCUGGUCACUAUAAUGCAGGAAGAGGCCUCACUUCCAGUCACCUUUCCCUUAUCUUGAGACAGUCACCGGGGUGAGAAUGUGUGCCACUGAGCUGUGAGGCUGAGGUCUGUGGUCCCUGUUGCCCUGUAUGAGUGUGGUCUACAAGAAGCUUUUAACAUAGAUAUUUAAAUUAAAUAGUCAGUACUUGUCUUUCACCCCAGACUCUGGAAGAAGGGUCUGGUUGAGGUAGUUGUUUCCUGGCCCACUCAUGCUAUCUGUCUAUCCUGAGGCUCAGAGACUUAUUCACCAGUAUCAGGUGAAUAUAAGUUUCUUGAGACUGAGAAAGAAGAGUAGAGUGAUACUCUGUCCCUCAGUUUAUCUUCAUUAGUGUCCAUAUUCAUUCCCUUUUCCUCCCCAUUAUCCCUAAUAAAUAACCAAAAAAAUCAAACUCAGCUAUUGAUCUCAGGGAUGCCAGUUUUUCAGCCUCCUAGUCACCUGCCUGCUUAUUGUAAGGGACUGGGACGAGUAGAAAAAGCUGUAGGGAAGGGAUGAUGAAAUCAAGCCUUGAAGACUAAUGCCUAAACUGAAGUCUAUUUGCCAUCCCACCACUCUGCCAAACUGAGAUGGUCCUGGCCAUUUUCCUCCUUCACUCUUCUGUCCUCUGCUUAUCUUCGUUGCUCCAGAGAAAUGAGGGCUGGGUCAGCCAACUGCUGUACUCUGAAUCCUUUACCUUGCGGUAACCAAAUUCUUAGUCACAGCUCCUGCUGAAACUUCCCUGGACACUUGUAAAAAAUAAAAUUAUUUUCAGAUUUGAAAAA